AUGGCUGCCUCUCCAGUCCCUCACAAUCACGACAACUGGUCUCACGGCCCUAACGACACACACAACGGCGACCCAAUGCUUUCUGUCGGCGACCCCUCUGGCCAAAACGGAGGUCCCUCUCCAGACGACAGACAGCUUCCAAGCGACUCUGUCAAUCACGACUACGGUCGCUCUCCUAUGGACGCCGACGGUGGUCCUCCUCCGCCACCUGGAAGUCUUAUUUUCCGCGAAAAACAGGUCAAGCAGCCCAACAAGGUCUACAUCGGUGGGCUACCUGAAAAUACUCGCCAGGAGGAUCUCCAGAGCUGUUUCGGCAAGAUUGGCCGGAUCACCAAUAUUGAACUGAAGGUCGGCUACGGCUUUGUGGAAUUCGAGAGCCGUGAAGCUGCCGAAGAAAGUGUUGCCAAGUAUCACGAAGGCUUUUUCAUGGGCAACAAGAUACGCGUCGAACUAUCGCGUGGUGGUGGGCGCUAUGCGAAAUUCAGUGGUGACCCCGGUGCUUGUUUCAAGUGUGGACAGAUGGGCCAUUGGGCCAGGGAGUGUCCCAACCAUGUCAUGCACGCUGAUGGCGGCCGUCGGAGUAUGCACCCAGAUCCUCUCAUUGAUCGCAUCCAGCCGUCAAGUUACAUGCCUCCGCCAAUGCCUCGCGACUAUCCCCCGUACCGCGAUGAAUAUCCUCCUGGCCGCUACCCACCGCCACCCAUGGAUCGCCGGUACUCUCCCUACGAUUAUCCUCCGCCGCGCAGACCUAUCUCUCCUCCUAGAGACUUUUAUCCUCCCCCUCGUCGCGACAUAUAUGAUGAUAGGAUGCGUGGUCCUCCUCCCCCUCCUGCUCGCUAUGAUGCUCGGCCUGGUUUCUAUCCUGAGGAUGGUCCUGGCUACCCACCUCGUGGCUACCCCCCUCCGCCUCGUGAUUAUGAUCGUUAUGACAGAAGAGCUCCUCCCCCGGGCGACAGAUAUGCUCCCUAUCCUCCGCCUGUAGCUGGUAGACCUAGAACCCCUCCAGUCGGUGGUCCUGUCCGCGGACGCGACGACUUCGACCGACCCCCUAUCAGGGACUAUCCGCCCGGCCCUCCUCCUCCUGCGGACUAUCGUGCUCGCCCUUUGUCUCCCCCACCUUCGGCUCGCUAUGCUGAUUAUCCUCGUGCUGUUCCUGGUGGACCUCCCGACGGACGCUACAGGCGUCGCUCUCAGAGCCCACCUGUCAGAGGUCCUCCUGCUGCCUAUGACUCUUACGCGCCUGGUGGGCCUCCAUAUGCUGGACCUGCUUCUGCUGGUGCGCCUGGCAAAGAUUCUCGUGACUAUCCCCCUCCCCGCGGAGGGCGCGAUGAUCCUGCAGUCAACGGAGGAUACAGGAGGCCUUGA